CCUUCAGCUGUUUGCAAUUAUCAAAUAACAACAAAGAUUAGCGCAAAAACAUAUACAAGCAUAUUAAAUAAAUUGAUGCGAAAAACAAAAUGAAUGAAUCGGUGGACGUGCUCGUUUUUGGCUCGGCCAUUAUAGAUUUUGUGUGCUACGCACCCCGUUUGCCCAAUGCUGGUGAAACCUUGCAUGGUACUAAAUUUCAAACUGGAUUCGGUGGCAAGGGCGCCAAUCAAUGCGUAGCUGCUGCUCGCCUGGGCUCCAAGACGGCGCUCAUUGCCAAACUGGGAGACGAUAGCUUUGGCCACAACUAUAUACGUCAGCUGGAAGUUGAGAAAAUAAAUGUGAAGUAUGUCCAGCAACUGCCAGGGCACACAACAGGCGUAGCUCAAAUCGCAGUCGCCCAAAAUGGCGAAAAUAAUAUCAUAAUCGUUGUGGGAGCCAACAAUAUGCUCGGCCCGCAGGAUGUGGACAAUGCUUGCGAAUUGUUCGAGAAGGCCAAGGUGUUGAUCUGUCAGCUGGAGACACCCAUUGAUGGCACGUUGGAAGCAUUGCGUCGAUUCAAGGGAAUAUCUAUUUUGAAUGCUGCUCCAGCCAUGGAGAACAUCCCUCUGGAGCUGAUACAGCGGUGCACCAUUUUGUGUGUGAACAUAGUAGAAGCUGGGUGCUUGGUGGGCGAGCCCAUCAUUAACAUUAGCGAUGCAUUCAAUACAAUGGCGCGCCUUAUUGAAAUGGGCGCCAACACUGUAAUCGUCACACUUGGUAAAAUAGGUGCUGUCUGUUCCUCGAAAGAUGCUCCAUAUGACUGUAAACUGGUGUCAGCUCCAAAUGUGGAAGAAGAGCUGGUGAAGGACACAACUGGCGCUGGAGAUGCCUUCAUUGGUGCCUUGGCUAACAGCUAUGCUCGUUUUCCAGACAGACAACUCGUUGAUCACAUUGCAGCUGCUCAUGUAGUGGCAGCCCAGUCAGUGCAGCACCAUGGCACACAGUCAAGCUUCCCAUACGCUUAAAAGUGACAAGAAACUAUUGAACAGCCAAUAACCAAAUAAUUUACAUACAUAUGUAUA